UUUGGGGUGUUUUUUGGGUGUAUUUGGGGUGUAUUUAGGGUGUAUUUCCCCCCAGGACCCCCACGUUCGCUGCCCCAUGUCGGGCCGGCGGCUCCGGCUGGCCCAGCUGGUCGGGGUUCGUUUCUGCCCGGCCGAGCCGGGGCUGAGCCCGGGGCAGCUCCUGGCGCGGGACCCCGGGGAGCGCUACGUGUGUGCCGUGACCAGGGACCCCCUGGGCAACCACACCCCCUGUGCUGUGCUCAGACCCUCGGGCUCAGUUGUGACCCUGGAGUGCGUCGAGCGCCUCAUCCACACCCCAGACCUGCCCCACCUGACCCCAGAACUGACCCCAGAACUGACCCCAUAA